AUGACGAAUUUCUUUAGAAUGUUUGUUGUAAUUGCAAUUGUUGUGCUCUGCUCGAUGAAUUCGAUAGAAUCACGUAAAUGGGGUAUUCCAAACAUUUGUUUACAACCACCACCACGUUCCGAAGGCGUCUGUACCCUGGAGAUCGAAGGCUAUUACUAUGAUCAGCAAAAAAAUAAUUGUGAAAAAUAUACUGUGGGUGGUUGCCGCCUGACCGGUGGUCAAAGUUUUGGUUCUCAACAAGACUGUUUGGCAACCUGUGUCCAUGGAACCCGUCGUCUUCAAGACAUCCGACAUGAUUAG